GAAAACAUUCUCUAGUUUAGUUUUUUAGUCCUAUUAUAUCGAUGCUAAUGAUAAUGUUUUAGUACCAGUUUACUGAGUUUAGCUAAUAAAAAGUAACAAUUCUAGUUUUAAGUUGGCCGCAAGUUAGUGAAAAGUGAGUGAAUGGAAGCUGACAUGAUGUUGUCUCGCUUCAAAGGAUGUCUUGUAGGUGCUCUCACUGGCGACUGUAUUGGAGCUAAAUUUGAAGGCCAAAGUUAUGUGAAACUUAGGCAUGUUUUGGAACAUGUGGAGAAAAUAAAUGAUAACAGGCUUGAACAGAAAAAGAAUGGGACUAGACCAGCCGAUGUUUACUGCCAUACCUACACAGAUGACACAGCUAUGCUAAGAAGUGUGGCAUACUCACUCCUUGAUAAACAUUCUUUUGAUGCCAGGGAUAUGGCAACCAGGUUUGCAAAGGAAUUUGAUAAAGAACCACAAAGAGGGUAUGGUGGCAACAUUCCUGUGGUAUUUAAGGCACUACUAGAUCCAAAUUUGACAGAUGUAUUUUUGCCAGCAAGUCAACAAUUUGAUGGAAGAGGUUCCUAUGGCAACGGUGGGGCAAUGAGAAUAGCCCCUGCCCCUCUCUUCACAUUUGUAAACAAUGACAUCUCCAAACUUAUGCAUCUAGUCACUGACAUUACACGGAUUACACACAGCCACCAUUUAGCCAUCAAUGGUGCUAUCCUUCAAGCACUAGCAGUUGACCAAAGUCUUAGAUUACCAGUGUCCAGUCACGUAGAUGCUGACAGCUUUCUUGACUCACUUAUAUCUAAAAUGAGGCCAGUUGAAGAGAAAAAUUUGAACUCUUCACCAUCUCAACAAACUAAAUCUGGGAAACCUUCAAGAGCCUUGGAUCAAAACCCCACACCUUACUGUGCCAAGCUGGAAAGAAUGAAAGAAUUUUUAAAAGAUCAUUCCUUGUCUAAGUCAACAGUUGUGGAUGAACUAGGUACCGAUGUGAGUGCACUGGGAUCUGUGCCUGCAGCCAUUUUUGCUUUUUUAAAAUCAGCCACCCAAAACAUUCCUAAGCUUGAGAAAGUGAACAGCUUUGAGAAAUCCAUCCUGUAUGCCAUAUCCCUGGGAGGGGACACAGACACUGUGGCUACCAUGGCUGGGGCCAUCGCUGGAGCCUUCUACGGCCUGGAAAGUAUUCCUGAGCCAUGGCGCUAUUAUUGUGAAGGGGAGGCUGAUGCUGAAUGUAUGGCUGAGAGGUUUUUUGAAGCAUUUACAAGUCCAGCAUCUAGUAAUGACCAGUGAAUUGAGAUUUUAGCUUUUUAUAAAAUAAGUAUUGUUAGCAGUUUGUCCAUUGUUUUUACUAAAUCGUUUUUAAUACACAUUUUAGAUAAAUUGCACAGCCGUUUAGCCAUAUUAGCAAUUUAUUAAGAUUUAAUGGAUUCUAAUUUUACAACACUUGAUUAUUCAAUAUUUUAAAAAAUAUUUGAUUUUUAACAAAAACAAUAAGCAGCAAAGGCGGAUGUAUAUUUUGCAAAUAAAAUUGACAAUAAACUCAUAAAAUUGU